AUGUUUGAAUUUCUUAUCACCCUCAUCCUCGCCACUGCGAUCAUGGUAUCGCUCAUGGCCGUUGGUGUAGCCAUCACGAUGCCAUUCCAUGGAGCUCUGGUUCGACUGCGGGCUAAUUACAAUCCACACGCAGUCGGCUUGGACGCUCAAACUCGCGUCGGACCCACUCUCACCACUCUCAUUGGAACGCUCAAACGUACCAAACAACUUGAAGGCUGGUGGGGGUUAUGGAAAGGUACCUACCCAACCCUUGCAUAUACCACUCUCGUCUCGGUUGCAUCUAUCAUAUUCGUCGGAGGGUCGUCCACUCGAGGACCGAAGAACACAUACAGCGUUCCAGAAGCUGGUGGUAUACGGUACGUACCCUCUGAAAUGGAAAAUCGCUGA